AUGUCAUCGGAUGAAGAUAAUGGCGUCGGGGUUUCAACCACGUAUGUGAAGAAACGUAAAGUUCAGAGAGCUUGCGAUGUCUGUCGCCGUCGAAAAAGUGACGGAAGUCGGAUGUCAGGAAGCAAGUGCACAAACUGCUCAAUGAACGGUUUUAAGUGUACAUAUGUAGAGGCAGGAAAGGUGAGUCUUAUGUACGUUGAAAGCCUGGAGAACAGAUUAGAACAAAUGGAGAGGCUUUUCGCGAAGUUCUGUCCCGAUAUCAAUGUCGCCGAGGAGAUUCGGAAAGAAGCUAGUAACACUGACGCUCCGACGAAGAAUCACACAACCCAACCAUUCCCACCCUCCCCCACGUCACAGACGUUAUCCAGACGGCUCGCUCUGAAAUUAGGGUAUGAGACGCAGUCGACGCCUGAUGAUCCCGUGUCCAGCGACGAGGAGGCGGAUUUGCUUGAACUGAAGCUCAGCGAAAGUAUCCGCAAAAUGGCGAUCGACCCGACCCGACAUCGCUUCUUUGGUAAAUCGAGCGGAAUCAAGCUUAUCCAACAGGCGUUGGACCUCAAGAGCGAGCAUACGGGUGACCAGGCAGAAAACAUGCUCGACAUCUUUUAUCGCGAAGGGACGGAGUCCGUCGGUACCCAUCAGUGGCAAAGUCAAGGCAAGAAUGGAAAAGAGCCGCCGCAUUCCUUCCCGGAGCCCGACCUGUGCCGCAAGCUCAUCGAUUCAUACUUUACCAGCAACAACCCUAUCACACCUGUGCUUCAUCGUCCGACAUUCGAGCGCAAGUACGCUGAUGGGCUGCACCUUCGUGACACGGCGUUUGGAGCUGUUCUCCUCUUGGUAUGCGCGGUUGCCGCACCGGGCUGCGAUGACCCUCGGGUACUACUUCCCGGAGCUCCUGCCGAGUACUCGGCAGGGUGGCAAUACUUUGAACAAGUGCAGAUUAUGAAGAAGGCGUUGCUGGCGCCACCUUGCCUGGAGGAUAUACAGGUGUAUUGUCUGUCCGCGAUUUAUGCACAGGGGACGACGGCACCUCAAGCAUGCUGGACGAUCGUCGGGAUUGGUAUCAGGCUAGCCCAAGACGUCGGUGCCCAUAGGCGAAAGGUCUACAACCGUAAGCCGACAGUCGAGGAUGAACUUUGGAAGCGCGCUUUCUGGAUUUUGGUCACUCUCGACCGAUCAUUUAGCUCAGGCUUAGGCAGGCCUUGCGCAAUACAAGACUCUGAUUUUGAUCUUGAUCUACCGAUUGUCUGUGACGACGAGUACUGGGAACAUCAAGAUCCAGAGCGAGCGUUCAAGCAACCUCCUGGAAAACCAUCUUACGUCGCAUAUUUUGUCAGUGUUGUGAAGCUCAGUCAGAUAUUGGCGUUGGCACUGCGGACCAUCUACCCUAUUAACAGGUCCAAAAUUGUGUUUGGCUUGAUCGGACAUAAGUGGGAGCAACAUGCCGUCGCCGAGCUUGACUCUGCGCUAAACAAGUGGAUCGAUUCGGUCCCAGAUCACUUAAGGUGGGAUCCGAACAUACAAGACCCCAUCUUCUUGCUCCAAUCGUGUGCACUCUAUGCGAGCUAUUAUCACACGCAGAUCCUUGUUCACCGUCCAUUUAUCCCCACACCACGGAAGCCAUCGCCGCUAUCGUACCCUUCGCUUGCAAUAUGCACGAACGCGGCACGCUCAUGCAGUCAUGUCGUUGAUGCGUACGUACAGCGUGCUGAUACGGAUAAGCCACUUCUCCCCCUUGGAAUCCAGGUAACGGGUAUUGUGCUGUUGGUCAAUAUCUGGGGCGGCAAGAAGUCCGGGCUUGUACUCAACCCCGAGAAGGAGAUGGCAGAUGUGCACAAAUGCAUGGCUGCGCUUAAGACUAGCGAGAGGCGAUACCCUUGUGCGGGUAAAAUUUGGGACGUCUUGUACCAACUUGCGUCUGUCGGUGAUCUCCCGCUCCCGCAAGUAACGUCAACGGGAACAGGCAAGCGCGAGCGAGAAGACGAUCUACCUCCCGCAGCUCCUCUUCCACAGACCGAACAACCUGAAUCUGGGCCACGCGCUAUCGCUGGCUCGAGCCGCGUCGCGGGUGACGGUAGCGUGCAGCAGUUGUUGUCGCAGCGCACCCAAUCCUCGCACGUCUCGCUGAAUCAGGCUGCUCCGACGGCGUAUUCUCAACUGCAACCACAACAGCAGCCACAACAACACUUUACACAGCUGCCGAUGCAUGCUCAGAUGGGAUCUGACGCAACCGCAUCGUCGGUUCUACAGCCCCCACAACCACAACACACCCUUCACGGUCUCGACCCCUUUCAAGCGUGGCUCAAUGGUGAGGCUAGUAACCUAGACCCAUCCUCUAUCAUGAUGGCCUACGAUAGCUCGUUCAACGGGACUGCUGAAAGUGGCGGCUCUUCCAUGCACGAGUUCAACGCUGGUGGUGCUACACGCGUCAAUGCGGCCCCGCGCAUGCCUUAUGGAAUCGAUGAGUUCUUGUUCAAUUUGAUGCACCCGCUGCCGCCGCAACCGGAUGCCGUUCUCGAGGACUCUACCGUAGCUGGAGUUGGGAGUAUGGGCAUGGAUGGGAUAAUGAUGGCCUCGCAGCUCACACCGUCAGAUAACAUGAUGUCAAUGUGGUCGAAUGCUCCUGCUGGCUUUGUCCCUGAUGGCUUCGAGUACGUUUUCUUUCCCGUCGAUUUACAGAGGAUGCAGGACUGA